GUCACAGAGUUGAGAUCGUUGGCUAGAAUCACAUCACGGUGGAAUGACGGAAAAUCCGGAAUUCUCGACGCCCAUCGGAGGGCGGUACUGCAAUCUGGGUAUGGAGGGGUCAAUGUGUAACGAGUCGUCCCCCCUAGAGGACCAGGGACCCCCGCUGUUGGUGGACGCCUGGCUGGUGCCUGUCUUCUUCGGGCUAAUCAUGCUGGUGGGGUUGGUGGGCAACUCACUGGUCAUACACGUGAUCACCAAGCACCAGCAGAUGAAGACGGUCACCAACUUCUACAUAGUUAACCUGGCAACCACAGACAUUCUCUUCCUGGUGUGCUGUGUGCCUUUCACAGCCACGCUCUACCCUCUGCCCAGCUGGGUGUUUGGCGAAUUCAUGUGCCGACUAGUCAGCUACCUUCAACAAGUGACCGCCCAGGCCACCUGUAUUACGCUGUCGGCCAUGAGUGUGGAUCGUUGCUAUGUAACCGUCUACCCUCUGCAGUCGCUACUACACCGCACACCACGCAUGGCCGUGAUGGUCUCGGUCUCCAUCUGGAUUGGUUCCCUGGUGCUCUCGGUCCCGGUGCCGCUGUACCAGCGCCUGGAGGCGGGGUUCUGGUUCGGCCCGCAGACCUACUGCAGCGAGGCCUUCCCCUCGCCCCACCUCCAGAAGGCCUUCAUCCUCUACAGCUUCCUGGCCGUGUACCUCCUCCCGCUGGUCACCAUUACCGUAUGCUAUGCCUUUAUGCUCCAGCGCAUGGGCCAGCCCAGGGUGCAGCCCAUGGACGGGAACUACCAGCUGCAGGCCCAGGAGGUGCGAGCGGCCGCGGUGAGGGCGCGUGUGUCUCAGAUGGUCAUGGUGAUGGUGGCUCUGUUCACCGUGUGCUGGGGUCCCAUCCAGAUCUGCAUCCUGCUGCAGGCCUUUAGGCCUCAGCUCCGCAGCUACUCUCUCUACAAGGUGAAGAUCUGGGCCCACUGCAUGUCGUACUCCAACUCCUCUGUCAAUCCCGUGGUCUACGCCUUCAUGGGAAACAACUUCAGGAAGGCCUUCAAGCAGGCGUUCCCCUACGUGUUCCAGAAGCGAGGUGGAAGGAGGACGAAGGAACAGGGAGCGGAGACCGAGGGGGGUGGAGAGAUGGAAGGGCAGCUGGAGGGGGGUGGAGAGAUGCAACGGCAGCCCCCCACCAGGGACAUAGAGAUGCACUUUCUUUCAUCUGGACCCUGAAGGCCAGUGAUCUGUUUCUGACACAGGGCUACACCUUUGUUAUUUAUUUAUGUUUUCCCCAGCUGAGCUCACCUGUG